UGUUUACGAAUUUUAUUUCUCAGGGUCAGAAGCAGAGCCAGUCGGAUCUGGUCGGAUCUCCGCGAGAUAUUACUCUAUGUUGAGCACGCUACAGUUUCGAAUGCUGAGCGCAGGCCAUGAUAUGCAAUAUAUAUAACUUUCGUACAGUGAUCGUUGUGACGGCGGAACAGCGGGGGCAGCGGCCAAGGCGGCGUUGACCGCGGAUCGCGCGAGAGUUGUCACGAACGCGUCAGUCAGACCGCGCUGUUGAAUGUUUGUCUGAUUCGUCUGAUCGCUCAUCUGAUCGCUCUGAUAAGGCGAGGCAAUCGGAGAGUCGCAGAGUUGGCGAAGCUCGGGUGAUUCGAUCAGCUCCUCCGCUGGAACGGGCUUAGGUGCUUCUUUCCGGUGUGAACCGAGUCUCGCGAGCGAGUCGUGUGGCCGUCUGACCGUUCUGAAAUUGAGACAGUCGGCGUCGGCAAAAAAAUGUCCAGUGCUAUCAUCAAGUACAAUGGACACUUGACUCCAAGCGAUCCUCUCCACCAGCCUGUGCUAAUAAUUGGGCAGCCCAGAAACUUGUCAAAGAUCAGCUUUGACGAUGUCAAGUCCAAAUUGGAUCCGCGCGUUGGGGAAGAGGUGUUCAAGGCAGCGGUGGCCUCAUUGCAUCCUUCUCCAACAGAUAGCUGCUCCAUGUACCUGAACCUUGCCACAUUGGCUGCCCUGCCAACCAAAUGUUCUCGGCAUAACACCCCAUCACACGCCCAUUCUCUCACCAAGCUUGUCAAGAGUCUUAGUGCUGGUGUUGACGAGUAUGUAGUGAUUGUGUGCGAGCGGCAAGACGUGUUUGCAAGCGGCUGCGCCGUUGCCCGGGCCUUCCCGGUGUUCAGCCGCAAGUCCGGCUUGCAGCAGCAGCAAGGGCCGAGCCAGCAGCCACACACUGUGACAGUGGAGUUCCUGUUGGUCGAUUCAGGCGGGGGCCGCCCUCUCGGGGACUCCGACCUGCGCUGCCUCAGCGCAACUGCCGAGGGCAUCCAGCUCACGGCCAAGAUCGUGGACACUCCCUGUCAGGACAUGAACACUGAGGCCUUCAUCAAGGAAAUUGAACAUGUGGGCAAUGCUCUGGGUCUCAAGCCCACGAUCAUCAAGGGAGAAGAACUCAACAGCAGAGGCUUUGGAGGAAUGUACUCUGUGGGGCGUGCUGCGACGCAUCCUCCGGCAUUGGUUGUCUUGAGCCACACUCCCGAGGGUUCUCAGGACACCAUUGCCUGGGUGGGCAAGGGCAUUGUCUACGACACUGGGGGACUCUGCAUCAAGACCAAGACUGCCAUGUGUGGGAUGAAGAGAGACUGCGGUGGAGCUGCCGGAAUUCUGGGGGCCUUCUACGCAGCUGUCAAGCUUGGAUUCAGCGAUAACCUCCACGCCAUCUUUUGCUUGGCUGAGAAUGCAGUGGGUCCGAAUGCCAUCCGACCAGAUGACAUCAUCACCAUGUACUCAGGAAAAACUGUUGAGAUCAACAACACUGAUGCAGAAGGGCGUCUGGUAGUUGGUGAUGGGGUGGCUUACGCACACAAGGACCUCAAGGCGAACAUCAUUGUGGACAUGGCCACGCUGACGGGGGCCCAAGGUAUAGCCACGGGCAAGUACCACGCUGCGGUGGUCACCAACUCCUCUGAGUGGGAGGAGCUGUGCGUGCGCUCGGGCAUCGUAUCCGGAGACCUGAUCCACGCCAUGCCGUUUGCACCAGAGCUUCAUUUCAGCGAGUUCGCCAGUGCCUUGGCUGACAUGAAGAACUCAGUGGCUGACCGCAACAAUGCCCAGCCAUCAUGUGCUGGUCUGUUCAUCUGUUCUCAUCUUGGCUUUGAGUUUCCCGGCAUCUGGAUGCACAUCGACAUGGCUUAUCCUGUGCACUGCGGUGAAAGGGCCACUGGCUAUGGAGUCGCUCUUCUUCUGACUCUGUUUGGACAUUGUUCAAAGAAUCCACUUCUGAAGGAGCUUUCUUCCUGCUGCAGCAUCAAUGGCACCGACGUGGAAAGUGCAACCAAGAAGAUUAGACUAGUGUAGUCUCGGGGCAGGUGCAUUAGAUUUUGUAUUUUGGGUUUCUGUACGCUUUGAAGUUUUCUAUGAAGUAAAAUUAUGACGUGUCAAAUCAAGAAAUAUAAGCUGCAUCCUUGCCAAUUUUUUUUUUUUUUUUCGUCAUAAAGGUGGUUUGACAUUGUAGAUUAAUAGUGUGUUUUUGUUUUGUGUUUUGCGAUAAGUCAUCCAUACUCCAUUUUAUGAUUUUGAUGCAAUGCAUUCAAUGCAUAUGUGUUAAGACUAAUAUCUUUUUUAAGUAUAAAUAUGUUCGUCGGAGCCCUUAGAGUUACAGCUCAGGGCAUUAGACUUCAGCUCCGUUCGACGUCUUUGGUUGCAUUACUUUCCCUUGUUUGAAUCAAGGAUGGGGUCUCUAGUGGUCCUAAACACUGUUUUUUAUGUUUGUGCGUGCCUUUCUUUUUGUGCUACUUGUUUACUUAUUUUAGGCCCUGGAGAAACAAGUUUUUUUAGCAUGUGAGAAUUGUGAAGAAAACAUGUUUAAAAACAAAAUAUAAAUUACAAAUGGGCAUUUAUAAAUGCUUUGAAAACUGACUUUCAUUCAAAUUUAUCAUGCCUGUUGUCUAAUUGGUUCUGGUGGUCUCUGACAACUUUCUAACAUAGUUAAAACUAAUCGGGGAUCUUCAAGUGUCAAUUUUUAUCAUUAAAAGCAUGACAUUUUUAUAAUUCUUGGGCUCAUGUUUAGUUUUUUUUUGUUGUAAUUUGAAAGAAAAGUUGUGGUAUUUUGUACCUGUUAAUAUUAUAUUGGAAUUUUUCAUGGCCGCCUUCAAGUCCCCAAUACUUUUGCCAAGAAACGCUUUUGAAGGCACCGGGGAAGACUGUAAGGUGGUAGCUUGAAAAGGCUAGUGUUCUGGACUGUCCCUGCCACAGCAGCUACAGUCCUGCACUACAACUCUUGGCAGCUGGAUCUGCUGAGUCACCAACCAAACGCUGCUACUCGGUAUAGGAAGUUCCCAUUUCAAGGUUAGGGACACACAUUACAUAAUGCCUCCUGGCUCUGGGAGAUGGAAUGUGAAAAUCAAGCCAGUGCUACCUAAAUAGAAUGACCUGGCAUUUUUUGCAACCUUUUUACCUCUGCAUUAAAAUUGCAACCCUGAUAACUGCAUUAAUAUCUGCACAGUUUCUAGACACUUCUUUUAUUUUAUCUUGUAUUAAAGAACAAGAGGGUUGUACCUCCUUUAAUACAUUUUCAACACUGCUUGAUGUUUGGAGUAUGUAAACUUGCAAUUCGUUAAUUGUUUUAAUAUACAUGAAAAGAGGCAUUGCAAACUGAUUUGUUAUGCAUCUAUAUGAUGAAUUAUGUUCCACUAACAGGCCAGCUGAAACAUUUGGCUUGAAGCAAAUGAAAUUUUUAGAAAUACAUUUUUGGGGGCGGGGGGUAGCUCUGCCAGGACGUUGUUCUAAAAUUGUAAUUUUCUGAUUCGUGCAGUACAGAUUAUGUAAGCUGCGGGCAGGUUUCUUUUUCUUUUCUGCUUGUGCGACGAAAAGUGUGUUCUAUUUUUAUCUUGCACACAGAUGAAUGUCAACAGAAUUGUUUUUUGCUUUUUCUGGCUUUAAAACUGGUUUUAGUGUUUUCACAAUACUACACAUGCCAAGUCAAGCAAGCUCAGUUUGACACUACAUAUCUGGUGUUUUUCCUCAUUGAUGUAGUUUGAAUUUGGAUUUUACUUCAUGUGCAAUGUCUCACCUUAUGUCAGACAUUUUUAAAUUGGAAUAUGUUUAGUGUACUAGCUUUGAUAAUAAAUGUCAAUUAUUGGAAUACCAAA